AUGACACUACUCGUCGUUGAGGUUGCCCGAGUCAUCCCCGACUCGGCCAACUCGCUCACAAUCCCGUUGACUUUCUUCGACAUACCUUGGCUAGUGGGCCACCCAGUCAAGCGAGUCUUCUUCUACAGACUCACCGAGUCAACUCGUGAGCAUUUCCACUCCUUCAUCCUCCCUAAACUCAAACUCUCUCUUUCUCUUGUCCUCUCCAACUACCUCCCUCUCUCCGGCCACAUCACCUGGGACUCAAGCCAGCCAAAGCCAAGCAUCGUCGUCUCUCAAAACGACGCCGUUUCAGUAACCAUCGCCGAGAGCGACUCUGACUUUUCUCUUCUCUCCGGCUACGGACAACGGCCGGUCUCCGAGUUACACACUUUAAUACCCGAGUUACCAGCUUCCGAUGACUCAGCCGCCGCGUUCUCUCUGCAAAUCACGCUGUUCCCGAACCAAGGAUUCUCCAUCGGCGUCGCAGCACACCACGCCGUUUCGGACGGAAAAACGUCAAGCAUGUUCAUCAGAUCUUGGGCUCACUUGUGCAAACACGAAGAAAACAGAGUCUCUCUCCCGGAGAGUCUAACUCCGUCUCAUGAUGAUCGGUCUCUGCUGGUCGACAGAGAUCUAACCGGACUCGAUGAGAAGAUGAUCGAGAUCAUGAGAUCUAUGAAAGGGAACAAAACCAACAAGAGAAGCCUGAGUCGGAAUCCGGCAAAGAAACUCGGUGACGAUGCCGUCAUGGCCACGCUAGUGCUCUCUCGCGAUGACGUUGUAAGACUCAGGGAGCGAGUCAUUAACGAGUCACCACCGAGUCAAGAUCCGAGUCUUCUUCACUUGUCGGCUUUCGUCAUCGCCUACGCCUACGUGUGGACAUGCUUUGUGAAGGCGCGUGGAGGAGACGGAGAGCGACUCGUGAGUCUCCUGUUCGGAGCAGAUUUGAGAAAGCGGUUGGAUCCGCCGCUUCCGGCGACCUACUUUGGAAAUUGUCUGUUUCCGCAGGGUUGCUUCAACCGCAAGGCAUCGGAGUUUACGGAAGAGAGAGGCUUCGUAACCACGGUGGAGAUUCUGAGUGAUUUGGUCAAAGGCUUGAGUUCACUAAAGGUAGAGACGAUGGCUGAAGCAUACACGGUUUUGUUGGAUUCUUUGGCUGAGAGCUCACAGUUCGGGUCAAUAGCCGGGUCGAACCGGUUGGGAGUGUAUGAAUCGGAUUUCGGGUGGGGAAGACCGGUUAAGGUUGAUGUUGUCUCCAUUGGUCAAGGUGCAAUGUCAAUGGCAGAGAGACGUGAGGAUUCAGGUGGCGUUGAGAUCGGAAUGUGUCUGAAGAAGGCUGAAAUGGAUUUGGUCGUUUCUUUUUUCAACAAUGGUUUACAAAGCUAA